GAAUCCGAGUGCUGUUGCUUGUUGCUGGUGCCGCUGGUUCGCUUCGUCUGUCUUUGGUCUGGUACGUACGACCGGCUAGGUGUGCGCGUUGCUGUGUGCGCUGCUCUCCUCACAGCUCUCCGCCAGUUGCCGUUGCCGUUGCCGUUUUCUCUUCUCUCCUCCGUUCACUCGUGUUUGUGACAUUUGACAGCUGAGGAGGAUACGCCGCGAACUGAACUACGAGUAUUCGGGAAUGGUGGUUUUUCCUUCAGUUUUGUAAAACCGACAUAUUCGUUAGAUAGAUGAAAUACAAGAGUGAGCAGGGUUACAUCAAGAGGGAUUUAAAAUUUUGUACUCUCAUAUUAAAUCGCUGAUGCUAGGGACUGCGGCAACAAAGAGAAAAACCGUGCCAAAAAUAAAAGGGUGCGAAUAUUAUUACGCGGGGACUGAUCCUACAGCUACCGGUGUGACGUGUCUUGGCGGUUUGGUUAAUACUGGACUACGAAAAUAUUACGGCAAGAACAUACGGGGAAUCAGCAUCCGUCUAUACCGUAGCCACGACGAGAAAACCGACACCCGAAGAGGGGAUCAACUGCCGCUAACGUAAUUGUAAGUGCAAACCCACAAGUUGCACCGGUUGGAGAAAACAUCAGGUAGGCUAAUCGUUGGCCGUUCGUGUAUCAAGUAUAUUAGAUCGGUAAAGUGACACUAGAACCUUACAAAGCUAGCCGGUGAACAUGGAGAACUUUGAACUGCCUAAGGAGAAGGUUGACAAGGUCAAGGAAGAAGCCUCAGGAGGUCAACAAUUGCACCAGGGCGAGUUUGAUACUGUUGCAGGCAAACUGAAACGUGAUCACGACUCACUCGAUGAUUUCGAACACCUGGAGCACGAGAGCUCGCCCGUGCACGAGCUCCUGGGGCAGGACGCAGGCAUCAGGACCCAGCAGGUACAGGAUAUCUUCGCGCAAUUGGUAGACGUGCCACGUGCGGUUGGGGAGACUCACCCCAAGAGCUCGAUCGAUAAACACGACUACCCGGAAACACAGAGAAGUCUGUUGGACUCCAGCUUACCGGCUGCCGAAAGGGACCUACUACCCGCUCCCGCAACUCCGCCCCCUUCGGCUGAUUUUGUGAAACGCACCCUGGACGACGUCCUCGAUAAACCAAUCCACGACGUAGCUGAUAUACUCGGUGAAAUAAACGCAGCGCAGGCGCCAAAACCCUUCCAGACCUUCCAGCCGGCUCUCGUGUCGCAGGUUGACCCUAAGGCUGCGUCGCUGGAUUUUAUGGAGAGUGAACGGUCACGAGAGCCUUAUCAACCACGAUCGGGUUCGAACUUUAACCAGGACAAAAAACCAUUGGACAGUCCGAAUAGUCAAGGUAAACUGUUCGGCGAAGACUUGUUUACAUCUGACAAAGUAUCCGGAAUCGCGGGGGAUCUCACGUCGGGGUUGCAGCGCGCGUUGGAGGCUCAGGUGGCCGAGGCCAAGACCACAACAGUGAAGAAAUCAGAGUCCGUUGAGGAGGUAUUCGAGGAUCUCGCCCAGGCAGCGCUCAAGAUGCCGGAGGUCCAGGACAUGAUCGACCCCAAGGAAGAUCUAUUCAGUCUGGACGACGCGGAAGACAACUUCAAAGGAGCCGUUUCGAAAGACCUCGACCGAAAUCUCUUCGACCAGAAGCAGCACGACUCUUACGUACAACUGAACAAAUCCCCUCCUGCUACGAUGACUCAGGAGAACUCGGCGAAACUUCUCGCGGAACUCGAUUUCGAUGGCGGGGAUUUGAAGUUGCCGCCGAAAACCGACGAUCAAGACUUCUUCGACGAGAUAAAAUCCUCCGUUUUACCAGCACCCCAAAAAUCUCCGGAGAUUGAUUUCCUCCAGGAUGAACCUACCCACCACCGGGAUACCAAGGAACAUGCGAAUCACGAGCAGCAACCCUUGUGGAGUGUCGAGAAACCGGAGAAGUUUGAAAAGCGCGAUUCCCCCGAGAAGUUGGAGGAACGCGAACUCACCCCGGAACCGCCGACCAAAGCACUGCCUCCUAUCCCAAGGGACGCGACACCAGAACCGAUCAGUUCGGGUACGCCGGAACCCUUCGAGAUAGUUGCCGGCAAAGGGGCACCCUCCGCUACGGAAAAGUAUGAAUUUUCGUCAGAUUUUAUCGCCAACGAAAUUGGCAGUGGGCAGAACAAGUUCCAUCAAGCCGGUGCCGAAACCGGCGACUCGGAGUUCGAGUCGGAACCGGAAUCAUCCUGCCCAUUCGUACCGCCCACGUCUCGUUUGACUCAGCCAGAGCCCUCAGCAAAGACGGAGCCCAAGAAACAGGAAAAGAGCAGCCCUUCAGCGGCAGGUAUGUGCUACAGAAAAGACCCAAUCGAAGAAAUUGCUCCGAAAGAAAUCUUCCGGGAAAUGGGAUUAGACGCAUGGUUUAACCCAGAAAGACUGAAUCCUAAAGUGGAGGCCCUGAUCUACUGGCGCGACCCGAAGAAGUCUGGUAUCGUCUUUGGCGCAAUUCUUGGCGUUUUGCUGUCCCUGGCCUACUUCAGUCUAAUAAGCGUGCUCGCCUACGUCUCCCUCAUCACCCUUACCGGAACAGUCGCUUUCCGCGUCUACAAAACCGUCCUCCAGGCUGUCCAGAAGACUUCCGAUGGACACCCCUUCAAGGAUGUUCUCGAUAUAGACCUGACGGUGCCAGCUGAAAAGGUGCACGAUGUCGCUGACGUUGCAGUGGCCCACGCGAAUGCCGCUAUCGCCGAAUUGCGCCGACUCUUCCUAGUCGAGGAUCUGGUUGAUUCUAUCAAGUUCGGAGUUCUGCUAUGGUGCCUCACUUACCUCGGUGCUUGGUUCAAUGGCAUGACCCUCAUAAUCAUUGGUGUGGUUGCUUUGUUUUCGUUGCCGAAGGUAUACGAGACGAAUAAGACACAGAUCGACCAGAACGUGGACCUCGUCCGCGGAAAAAUCAACGAGCUGACUGCCAAAGUGAAGGCAGCUAUCCCGCUCGGCAAGAAGGCUGAGCCUACGAAGGAGGAGUAAUAAAGCGGCGUGACAUGUUCAUCGAGAGUGCGAAGUCAAACGAAGGGAGUCGCAAAGUGUGCGUUGCGUGUGUGCGGAUGCGUGUGCGGGUGAUUUUUGAAUGCGCUAGAUGUCGAGUGAGCGAGCAAAAACGAGGAAGAGAGCAGGGUAUAUGAUGGAGAGCGAGAGAGAGAGACAGAGGGGUGGUGGAGGGAGGGGGAUAAUUAAAAAGUAAGAUGAAAGGGGCUUUUUGACAAUGAACAUGAUGAUUCAGUAGAGCUCGACUAAUAAUCACAUAAAAUGGACGCCAAAAAAUGAGUAAGGAGGAAGAAGAUGAGAAGGAUCGAAGAUAAGAAGUAAAAUUGGAACAAAAGAAAGAAGAACAAGAACAAGUAGAAGUCGAAGUGGAAGAAUAAGAAGAAGAAGAAGACGAAGACGAAGACGAAUACGAAGACGACGACGAUGACGACGAAGAUUUUUCGUUAUGCAUUAGCGAGCUGAUGUUUACGUUAGGUGUCAUUUUUGGAGUAGAAAAUGAGAAGAAACGGAGACGGGAAAUUUUAAGGAAGGAAGAAUACAAGAAAACAGCAGUGAAGUCUACGUUCUUUCGGAGCACGCAUAAUAUCGUAUAGGUAAUAGGUGUAUAUUCAUUUCAGAAUAUAUUUAAGAAUAAAAAAAAUAAAUCGAAAAGAAUAUGAAAAAAUAACAAACAAAGUAUCGUAGCGAUUAAUUAUCAACUAUUUGUUGUUAUGGUGGUAAAAUAUAUUGUUAGAGAGCUAUGAACUGCGAUGGGGAUACUUUCAACCGAUCUUCAACGAUCUUUUCUCUUCCUUAGGGUGAGGUGUCGAUUGGAAGGCUCCUCAUUUUAUGAUAAUUCAACAAAUAAAUUUCUAUCGUGGCGUUUACGACCUUUAACCUUUCUCAUCCGUGGUCCCUCGCAUUCAAGCCCAUUCCCCCUUCAUCCCUUCCUCCCUCCCGCCACACUGAAUUUGUUACACCGUCAUGCCCACUUGGAAGAAAAAAACAAAUGAAUUAUGUAUUAUAAUGAUAAGUAAAUUACUCCUUUUUACGCAGAAGCAGAAAAAAUCAGGAGUUUAUGUUACUAUGCAAAAUAAUUAUAAGGCUUUCAUCCUACGCCCGCGAUUAUAUGUUAUUAUACAUUACUCCGUUUUCACCUGAACUAAAAUAUACGACAUACGUGUUCGACGAAAUUAUUUUUCUUCCCCCUCUCUUUAAUCGUUAGUUGUUAAGAUAUUACCGUCUAUUGAACGUACCCUGAAUUUUAGUUGUUAAAAAAAUACAAUUGGAACGUCAAUAAAAAUUUCAAGUUACAAGUUUUGUCUCUUUAUAUGGCGAUGAGAGUUACGAAACAUUAGCUAUUAUUAUUAUCAUUAAUAUCAUAAUUAUCAUUGAUUUUAUUAUGAUUAUUAUUAAAGUUACGAUUAAUAUUAUUGAUAUUAUUAUCAUUAUUAUCUUUGAUAUUAUUACUAUUAUUAUUAUGAAUACCUUUGAAUAUAUAUCUUAUAUACGAAUGAGCUAAAUAUCGAAUUCUUAAUGAAGAAAAUAUGUAGGGUCGACGAUGGAGAUGCAACUUAAUAUUAUGCAUAUAUACAUACAUACAUAAAUAUACAUAUAUAUAUAGAGAUAUAUUUAUAUAAUAAUAAUAUUAAUAAUGAUAAUAGUUUACUAUUUCUGUAUAAUAAUGUUGCGACCACGUGUUUUUAUUGAAAAAAAUAUGGCAAAGUGUUAGGAAUAUGGAUUGUAAUACGCGUACCGCUUUUUGACGUCUCAUUAUUGCAUCUGCAUCUGCACGAUUAAUUUAUAAAUAAACGAUAUUGAUAAUAACGAUUA